UAACUCUAUCUUGCAAUAUACCUGGGAUAAUGUUCCUGAAACUCGGGCCUUUUUGAGUGAGGCACGUGCUCGUCUUCAGGAAAAGUACUUUCCCGAAGAGUUGCAGCCUGAGAAGGAACCUAAAAGAUCCAAAAAGAAACCCAAAGAUCCGAGAAAGCUAGAGGAUAUGCUGCUUAAGAGCCUUGAUGAUUCGCGUUUCAUGGAAUAUGAUGAUAUUACUUCAUGUCAGGAACCCGAAGAGAUCUUAGAGAGGAUUCGAGAACUACAGAAGGCCUUUACAAGGGGAAAUUUUGCUGAAGCUCUCCAAAGAGGACUUUGAUAAGGUCAAGUUCUAAUUUAAGACUCACAAGUAUUUCCUGAUGCGGCUAUCGAAGCUGAUUACGCAAUUGCAUAUGGCCGGCCACACAGAUAGCUGGCUCUGUUUACUUGUUCGGAUUUUAGCUUUGGGAGCACUCCUAGAAACCUCAAUUCACCACWAUGGGUAUCCAAAGUUGGAAACUCUAGGAAAGUCUGCCAAUAACGUGCAAAAUUGGUGUAUCUGGAAUGAAUUCAGCAGGUUUCUCUUAACUUCAAAGAUUCAAUUCAAGCGCAUCAAUUCUCCAUCUCAUCUGAAUAUCUCAACUCCGGCCUUAAAGACCACCAAACAUGGCUCUGUGCUCCUGGCCUUGCCUGAUAAACUAUUUUGGACAGACCUUACUAUACACAUGGAUGUCCAGAGGAAUCCUGGACCAGUGGUUGCUACGAAUUGUUCGGGACUUAUUCAGAAUCCUACAUUACGAAACCAAAAUGCUCCUGCGAUAAUUAAAUAUUCAAGAACAGAAAUUUCGCACUCAAGAUCUAAUGCUCCUGUUUCACCGGAUCUGUUCCUAAAUCUUAUACCAACUGCCAUACAUCACAGCUUCUAUAAUCGAACAUACCAGUUUUCAUCAACUACUAGACCUAUUCCUGUGCUUAAUAUCUCGCAAAGACGAAGGCAAAGUAGGACUCUUCAAUGCAGUAAUCGCUUGGCUGAACAAAGGAAUCUUCAAAAUCUCGUCCCUAUUCAACACAUUAAUUCUAAGCCGACUAAAAUCAAAUUUGGAGCUUGGAAUGCACAAUCUAUAAACAAGAAGUCCGGCUCAAUUUGUGAUUUGGUAAUAUCUAAACACCUAGACAUCUUAGCAAUUACUGAAACUUGGCUCUUUGCUGAUUUUCAUGGUAAUAACACUAUGGCUGAAAUAUUGAAUACUCUGAAAGAUUUCGAAUUCCAUCAGGUUCCUAGAAUCGACAGACCUGGCGGUGGAGUUGGUGUCUUACUGCGGAAGGGCUUCAAAGUCACAAGAAAUGACUGUAUUCCGCUUCCAUCGAUGGAAUACAUGGACUUGACUAUUAGUCAUGGUACAUCUUCCAUCCGUCUAGUAACCAUCUAUAGACCGCCCUCUUCGAAGAAAAACCGCUCAACUGCAGAUACCUUUUUUAAUGACUUUUCAACGCUACUUGAAACGCUCACUUUAGCUUCUGAUUAUUUAUUGUUAAACAGUGACUUUAACUUUCAUAUGGAUAAAGAAAAUGAUACUUCUGCGAACGCAUUCAAGGAUAUAUUGGAAUCGGCUGGCCUGGAACAACAUAUUACAGCCCCAACGCAUCGCAGCGGACACACUCUGGAUCUUAUUAUUGACAGACAGGAAGAUACGAAAUUMUCGGAAUUCUCGGUUAUAGAUGAUCUCCCGUCUGAUCACAGCGCCGUGAUCUGCUCUAUAGCCUUCGCCAAACCAGCUGCCAGUAAAUCACAAUACAAACAACGCCGCCUGAGAGACAUUGACAUGGACGCAUUUAAACAGGAUAUACUUAAGUCAUCUUUGCCAAGAAACGAUAGCCACGACCCUGAUCCUGAGGAAUUAGCUGAGCUUUACAACUCAGAACUACGUACGGUACUUGACAAACACGCUCCGGAACUUUGCCGUUCUAUCACUCUCCGCCCUAACGAUACGUAAAAUAGUSGAGAAGUCACCUUCCAAGUC